AUGGGCGACAUCACUGGGCAACAACAAGGUGAGCUUCUUUCGACUGAGGAAACUCGACUCUCGCUCCCAGCAUCAGGCAUAAAUAAUGCCUCGACACCAUCCCGAGACCCAACCGAUGCAGUCACGGAUGAUCCGCGCUUGCAUGCUACCAAGGGGCUUUCGUCUGUAGUCCACCCGCUAGUCGAGCAGUCCCUUCGUAAGACGCCUCUAGUGCCGACUGAAGAUUCGACGGCUCUGAUUAGGGAUGAGGAGAUUGAUGGGAUUUCAGUUUCACGAGAGCCGGUUGUCAAUUUGCCCUUCUCACCACCAGCGCAAAUCGAAGUAGCUACUUCCAGAGCACUGUCACCUCCGUCUGAGAACACCGACUCCGCUGCAACUUUGAUUGAACUGUCAGUUCCAUCAGAAUAUCAAGGACCCUCGAUGCCGUUGGCCGCACCGAUGGAACGAGGUGCUUCUUCAGCGCUGCCAUCUCAAUCGGAGAACGAGGCAGCGGUCGAAGUGGCCGAGGGCCCCGUGGAGAUGAGAGAAUUCUCUGUCAAGCAGGACAAGGGGAAAGAACGGGCAGCCUCACCUCCAGCGCCAGUGGAACGAAGAGUGUCUGUCUCUUUGUCACCUCAGAGAUCGGGUAGCUUACUCCACGUACCCAGCAUGACUUUAACAUCUCUCUCUGGAGCUGGCAUGAUCUCCUUGCCUAGCUCGCCUAAUAUCACACCUAACUCUGAAUCAAAAGCUGGUAGAAUUCCUGCAGCUCAAAGCGCAGAGAGCGAUGACUACCCGAAAAUCUCAAACGGCCUACGUACCACAUACCGCAAAGGGGUGCCUCCAUACAAGCCACGAAUACAAUUACCGAAGGUAACAAGCAUGUCCGGGUACCGUCGUUUCGUCACGAAGUAUGCAGGAGAACCGCUCUAUCAGCUCAGCGAGACCAUUCCUUAUGUGCUUGGGCCAUCGGCACUCAUCGAGCGUCUACAUUUCCUCGUCGAAAAGAAGAUCCCACUACCAGAUGAGGUUAGACAGUUAGUGGUCAGGAAUGGGCUUGACUUGGCUUCGCUUUUUGAACAUGAUUUGGCCUUGUUCAACGUUCUGGGUUGCCUCUGGGAUGAUUAG